UCAGCAAUUCUAAGUCCAGGCAAGCUCGACUCUCGGUCCAGAAUGUCAAGCUAAAAACAGUUGCAACUGGGAAAUAUCAAGCUCCGGCAUUCCUUUCGCAUUUUCUCCAUCUAAAAACUCUUAAGCUUUUCUUCAUCAUCUUCUUUUCUCAUCUCAUCCUGCUUCCUCUAUACCCCUUACCUUAACAAUCGCAGGAGAUCUGUCAACAAACAAAUCCCAUCAAUCAGAAUGGCUCCGAGAGUAAUUGUCGUCGGUGGUGGCUUGUCCGGCUUGAGUGCUGCGCACACAAUCUACCUUGCCGGCGGUAACGUAGUUGUUCUAGACAAGCAAGGCUUUUUUGGAGGAAACUCUACCAAGGCCACUUCUGGUAUCAACGGUGCCUUAACCCGGACACAGGUUGAGCACGGCAUCCAGGACAGCGUAAAGCAGUUUUACGAUGAUACCCUGAAAUCUGCACGAGACAAGGCCAGGCCCGACCUCAUUAAGGUCCUAACCUACAAGUCCGCUGCGGCAGUUGAGUGGCUACAAGAUGUAUUCAACCUAGAUUUGACCCUAGUUUCCCGACUUGGUGGCCACUCCCAACCCAGAACCCACAGAGGACACGAUGCCAAGUUCCCUGGUAUGGCUAUUACAUAUGCCUUGAUGCAGAGAUUAGAAGAACUUUCCGAGAACGAACCAGAACGAGUCCAGGUUAUCAAGAGGGCUCGCGUUACAAAGUUAAACAAGGAUGGCAACAAGGUUACUGGUGUCACAUAUGAGUCCAAUGGCGAGAGCAGCAUUCUCGACGGCCCUGUCGUUCUAGCUACUGGUGGUUAUGCCGCAGAUUUCGGCGAGGACUCGCUAUUGCAGCAGCACAGACCCGACACUAUCGGUCUCGCCACCACCAACGGCUCUCACGCCACCGGUGAUGGCCAGAAGAUGGUCAUGGCCAUUGGAGGAAACGGAAUCGACAUGGACAAGGUCCAGGUUCACCCUACGGGUCUUGUCGACCCCAAGGAACCCGAUUCUAAGUGGAAGUUCUUGGCUGCCGAAGCCCUACGUGGUGAGGGUGGUCUACUGCUUAACGCCGAUGGUGACAGAUUCUGCGACGAAUUAGGUCACAGAGAUUACGUCUCGGGUAUGAUGUGGAAGGAGAAGGACAAUGGAAAGUUCCCCAUCCGUCUAAUUCUCAACUCCAAGGCAUCCAACACCUUGGACUUCCACACUCGCCACUACUCUGGCCGUGGGUUGAUGAAGAAGAUUACCGGCAAGCAACUCGCCAAGGAGAUCGGUUGCACUCCCGAACACCUCCAAGAGACAUUCACCAAGUACAAUGCUAUCGCCGACGGCAAGCAGAAGGAUCCGUGGGGCAAGAAGUUCUUCCACAACGGCCCCUUAGAUAUCAAUGAUGACUUCCACGUCUCAUUGAUGGAGCCUGUCCUUCACUUUACCAUGGGUGGUAUCGAGAUUAACGACAAGGCCCAGGUCCUGAACAAGGAGCAGAAGCCUUUCGAGGGUCUCUACGCCUGUGGUGAAUUGGCCGGUGGUGUUCACGGUGCCAACCGACUUGGUGGUUCCUCGCUACUAGGAUGUGUUGUCUACGGCCGUGUUGCAGGUGACUCGGCAAGCAACUACUUGUUCCAAGAAGCUCUCUCGGGAGCCUCCACCGGUGCUGCCCAACGUUUGGGCCAGAUCUCUCUACACAUUGACCCAUCUCAGCCGAACAAGGUGUCGAUUGAGUGGGGAAGCGGUGCCUCCAGCUCACCAGCUGUAGCUGUAGGCCAGCAGACGAGCGCUACGGGUCCUACCCCAACCGCCGAAGGGGGUAAGUCAUCCCAGCCAGCAGCGAAGCCCCAAAGCGCUAAGAAGUUCGAGGUGCCGAGUAAAGAAUUCACAAUAGAGGAGGUCGCCAAGCACAACAAGAAGGAUGACCUCUGGGUAGUCGUUAAGGGUGUAGUGAUGGACUUAACGAACUGGCUAGAGGAGCAUCCCGGCGGCCCUAACGCGAUCAUGAAUUUCAUGGGACGCGACGCGACGGAGGAGUUCGAAAUGUUACACGACGACGAAGUCAUUCCCAAGUACGCCCCGCAGCAGGUAAUAGGACGAGUCAAGGAUCAAGAGGUCACACUCGAAUUCUGAGGCUGGCUAGCGAAAAGACUUUUAUCGGGCGGCGCUCUAGGGUUAACGGGAACGGCUGUUACAUUAGCAAUAUUCUUUUUGAUCUACUACUGCCUCUCCCCACGCGAGGAGCGGGGGCAGGGGCAGGUAAAAUUUGUAGCUAGGCAUGGCGCAUCUGUUAUCGCAUUACACCGAUGUAUUGAUAAGUAUCUUGGAUUUCACGAUGGAUGUGUUGCUGCUUUUAGGUAUAUAUCAUCAUAUCUUUUUCGAUUUA